UCAGUCUUCCACUGCGAGCGAGACAGUUCAUUGUUCGGAGAAACGAGCUAGAGAGAGGCAAUGGCGACGUCUCCGCCCAUCGCUAAAAUCCUCCUCCUCUUCUCUCUGCAUUUUCUUCUCUGCGUUUCAGAUAACAGGCUGACCCCCGGCCAACGCAUGCCUUCCAAUGAGACCUUGACUAGCGAUGUCUUCGUCCUCGGCUUCUUCUCCCCAAGGAGUUCCGGCGGCGACCUCUACCUCGGCAUCUGGUACAACAUCUCCCAGAGGACCGUAAUCUGGGUCGCCAACAGGGAGAGCCCUGUCACCGGCCAGCCCGCAACUCUCCUCUUCUCUGUCGACGACCGCAGCCUCCGCGUCGUCGGCUCGCGCGGGAGCAACUUCACCUUCUGGUCGGCGAACCCACUUGGAGCCGCCACGGAGGCGGUGCUACUCAAAAACGGGAACCUAGUUGUCCGAGACGGCAACGGCAGCGUCCUCUGGCAGAGCUUCGAUCACCCAACGGACACCUUUCUGCCCGGCAUGAUUUUCCGAUACGCCUACCACGACCGCUCGCCCAACCGGCUCACCUCGUGGAAGGCUGCCGACGACCCCUCGCCGGGGAGCUUCACCUUCGGCUUCGACUCGACCGCUACCCUUCAGUUCAUGACAUGGAGAGGCUCAGAGAUCUACUACCGGACCUCAGUGUGGUCCGGCGACGCGUUCGGCAGCUGGCACACCCCGAGCUCCAACGCCAACUUCGUGAUCUACUUCACGGUCUUAGAAGACGAAGACGGAUUCAACUUCACCAUUAACGUAUCAGACUCGUCGCCCUAUAUCAGGUACACCCUAAACCCCUCCGGCCAGCUGCAGCUCCUGGGCUGGGAUUCCACAUGGAAACUAUGGCAAACCUUCGUAUCUGUACCGUACGGCUGCCAAGUUUACGGAUCCUGCGGCCAGUUCGCGUCCUGCAACGUCAACGGAACAGUGCCGGCGUGCAAGUGCUUGGAAGGGUUCGAGCCGAGGUCGCAGACUGCUUGGAGCGGUGGCGACCAUUCAGGCGGAUGCUCGAGGACGAGUGCUCUCCGGUGCGGCGAGGCGGACGGCUUCCUCAGAGUGGCAGGGAUGAAAUUGCCCGACCAAUUCGUGCGCGUGAGGAACAAGAACAUGAGCGAGUGUAGGUCUGAGUGCUUGACCAAUUGCUCCUGUCAAGCCUUUGCUUAUGCUGAUCUGAACAUGGCGAAUGCUAUAGCUCCAAGGUGUUUGGUUUGGACGGGGAGCUUUGUUGAUGCAGAGAUGAUAACUGGAGGAGAGGACUUGUAUCUGAAGAUCAUGAACUUCAAUUCAGGUGCAUCAAGCGGCAAGAGCAGGAGAAGGAAGAUACUUCUGCUCGUGCUGUCCAUUUCAGCAGCAGCCUCUGCUUUGGCCUGCGCCCUUGCAGCGUGGAAGUUUGAUGAGCAAAUAAAAGGUGUGUUCAGGCAAACAAAGAGCGAAGAACUAGUACGCGAUUCGAGCUUGAUUCAAGAGUUCCUGAACAAUUUCUCUGGUGCUAAUGAAGUUGCAAUAGGAGAGGCAGCAGAUCAAGCUCCACAGCUUCCAUUGAUCAACUUUGAGAGCCUGGUUCUUGCCACUGACAACUUCUCUGUUUCAAAUAAACUGGGACAAGGAGGCUUUGGCAUAGUUUACAAGGGCGUUCUCCACGGAGGGCAAGAAAUUGCACUUAAAAGACUAAUUAGAGGGUCUGGACAAGGAUUAGUAGAGUUUAAGAAUGAGAUUAACUUGAUUGCUCGGUUGCAGCAUAGGAACCUAGUCAGGCUCCUUGGCUAUUGCAUUCAUGGAGAAGAGAAACUACUGGCUUAUGAAUACAUGGCUAACAAGAGUUUGGACUUCUUCCUAUUCGAUCCGGUGCAAAAGGUGAAGCUCGAUUGGGGGAAGAGGUUCAACGUGAUCAAAGGAAUUGCUCGGGCACUUGUUUAUCUUCAUCAGGAUUCGAGGUUACGGAUUGUUCACCGUGAUCUUAAGGUGAGCAAUAUUUUGUUGGACAAGGAUAUGAACCCGAAGAUAUCUGAUUUUGGAAUGGCAAGGAUCUUCAGAGGGAACCAAAAUGAAGCAAAUACGAAAAGAGUGGUUGGAACUUAUGGAUAUAUGUCUCCUGAAUAUGCAAUGCAAGGACUCUUUUCUAUGAAAUCUGAUGUAUAUAGCUUCGGAGUAUUGCUCUUGGAGAUUGUGAGCGGCCUACAAAAUAGUAGCUUUCACCUCUCGCUCGACUUCACCCAUCUCUUGCCUUAUGCAUGGCAACUAUGGAAUGAAGGGAAUGCAAAGGACUUCAUAGAUCCUUCUUCCAACACACAGUCUUGCUACCUAGAUGAAGCAUUAAGGAGCAUACAUGUGGGUCUCUUGUGUGUUCAGGACAACCCAAGUGACCGACCGACAAUGUCGUCGAUUGUUUUCAUGCUUGACAAUGAAAUCGCAAUCUCUCGUACUCCUAAAAAGCCAAUAUUUACCAUCCAAAGAAAUGAUCCAUCAGUUGAAAACUUGGAGACUUAUUCGCCAAACAAUAUGACCAUCACAACGGUUGAAGGUCGUUAGAAUGCAAAUUCUUCAUCCUCAUCAUCAUCAAGCCAUAUUACUCGCAAUUAUUCAAGGUCAAGGUUGGUUUUGUUAGAAGUUGAAUUAAAAUUGAAUACAUGAACCAUAAAUAUUUUAUGUACAUAAAGCAAAUGAAACAUGAAUUAUGUAAUUCAUGUAUCUAGAUAAAUAAGUUCAUAUAUCUAAUUAAUAAUGUAUGGUUUAGAAGUUUCUAUUUAGUAGUAUAAAUACUCAUGUAAUGU